GCACAACUGGCAACAGCGCAAACAACCACAGCGUCGGUUCUUACCAAUGGAAUCUCUUGAAAAAUGAGGCUAAUACCUGAAUUAUUCCACCAUGGGUUUUGGCAUGAUGAAAACAGUGGACACUGCCGAGGAUGGUUCCUCGACGGCAGCUCAUUAUACUGCCAACUAUGAGACCAUCACGGCGGGAGUGGAAGCCGAUAAAUUCUACGGCAUUCCCCUCAAAUUGGACAUCACCGAUGCUCCCGAGGAAACCCUCAUGUAUCUGGGCUUGCUGUUGCUUUGGGUUUUGGUAUUUCAGCCUCGCCUCAAGUUUCUGCAAGGGCCUCUCAUGGGGACAGCAUUUUGGAUGGCCAUUGUCACCGCUGCCUGGGCCAUCAAGGAAGUGACCGUCUACCCCAUCGUGAGCGCCGUUAUCUUUACCAGAACACAAUAUCCUUGGCCACUCGUUGUCUGCCACUGCAUCACGGCCAAUGCCGCCUACCGAAAAGAACGUGGACCCACUUGCAAUUAUCUCGAAUCUUUUAUAUUGGGAUUCUUUUGCUACGGUUUUGGAGGGACCAUCGUCUCGGAUGUACUCAUGGGCUUGCCCAUCACAGCUUUUGGACAUUCUCGGAUUGUCCCAGUAUGGAUUGUGGGAUGGAUCUUGAUUUGGUUCUGUCCCUUUGAUGCCGUCUACAAGAUUUGUGAAAAGAAGAACAGUUCCCUCUAUUACUUUAUCAGUGCCAUGGUGGCGAUUGAUGCUGUGACAACUCCUUUUGGCAGAGUGUCACGAAGCGCCCGAGAGUUGAAAAACAAGCUGACAGCGCCCAUCAUGGCAGGGUUGAUGUCUGGCAUUGGUGGCGCGGGUGUUCGAUACGUGGAGAAAGUCAUCUUUCGAGGAGGAGGCGAACGUGUACAGCGGAGUUGCAAAGAUGCCAUUGAGGCAGGAUUCUGGAGGACACUGGGAUAUUCGGUGUUGUGGUGGUUCAUUGCAGUGUACAGGUGUGAAAAUGGAUCCUAUGGCGACAAUGCUGCCAACCAUUGUCAUGAAUACAAUGGUCACAACAUGGAUCGUUUUGUCAUUACAGUGCUCCAUGUGGCAUGGAACUUUGCUUGUGAUCUGGGCCUUGCUUGGGGGCAUCCAUUUGUUUUCCUAGCGGCGCUAUUGAGAAGCAUGGGAAGUCACUUGGCCUACAAUCUUGGCUAUGGGCCACCACAAUUGCACGGUCCUGAUUUGUAUAUGACUGGUGUUCACCAAAAGAUGGAUUAGAAAACACAUCAAAAUGCCAGUGGCAGGCAGUAUGAUGAUAUCCUCUUUGGGAUCUUGAAUGUAGCUUCCUUUCCUGUUGUAAAACGAGUUCUUGAGAGCAAUCUUGUUUGUAGGUGACAAUUUGCGGUCAUGAUCGGACUCGAUAGACCGCCCGAGCCAGGAGGAACAGUGAAGCAACUCUUUCGUGUCGUUUCUACCAAGCCAGUGAAAGGGAGGAAAGCCCUGCAAACCCAAACCCAAUGAGCUAGCAAGUCAAAUGGAAAAGCAAGGUUUCAUUCAAGUUUUGCUAUGUCACAUUAUACUAUUCACGUGUCAGCUCAAUUUUUGAAGACCUUCUUGAUGGGGGAAAUAACCAGCUUCUUCAAGCUCCACUUUUUCUGCUUUUGUUCCAAUGGUUCAGAUUCAAUGGGGGCAACCUUUGGCCACUGACGGAAACGGAAGAAGUGGUUGCAGUAGCCAGAAGGAUUCUUCGCUAGGUAUUGUUGAUGUUCUUCCUCAGCAGGAUGAAACUCGGUGUACGUCAAAAUCCCGGUUUCAAUAGUUUUUCCGCUAUAGGAAGAGACACUUCCACUGGAUACUGCUUGUUGCAGCUCUGCUUUGACUGCCAAUGCAAUGCUCUUUUGUUGCUCAUCCGAGCAGAAAAUGGCAGACGCAUACUGGGUUCCCACAUCAUUCCCUUGUCGGUUUUUGGUGGUGGGAUCAUGGAACAUGAAGAAAAAGCGGACCAGUUCUUCCAUCAAGGAGGGAUCCGCCAGUGUCACAUCCAAGACCUCAACAUAUCCUGAAAUACCACUGCAGACUUCACGGUAUGUAGGAGGGAUCUUGCGCUUCAUGGGUGUUGGAUUCAUGAAGCCAACUUGGGCAGACUGAAUGCUAUUGGGAUGUCUCUUUUGGAAAUCGCGGACAAUGAAUUUUUCAGUUCCCCAGUAGCAUCCUGCUGCCAAGCUAAUCUUGUUGGACAUGUUGCUGGUGUUAUCGGUGGUGGUUGGUUGCACAGACAUGGUGUUGUUGUUGCUGAUGUUGUUGUUCUGGUUGGUGGUUUGUUGAUUUGUGAGGGAAAGAGCUUGCAGACACAUGAGGGAGGACAGGGAAGGAAAACAGCAGGGGCGCUCGCAAUUUCUGUGCGUGGGAAGGAAGCCAGCUCCUGCAUCCAGCGAGUAAAGUUUCCUGUGCAGACAUUGGCAAACCUACCGUACACCAUCCACGAGCUCAUCCACGACAACGUGACUGCACGGGCUCUUCGAACCAUGACCGGACCCUUCCCGGAGAUGAGCCUGCAAAACUGUCUUUGACAGU